AUGGGUCCAGCGAAACAGAUUCUCGGUAUGAGAAUUAUUCGAGACAGAGGUGAGAAGCUGAUUCACUUGUCUCAGGAGAAGUACAUUGAAAAAGUACUUAAGCGGUUUCACAUGAACAAGUCUAAAGUGUUGAGUACUCCUCUUGCUCCACACUUAAGACUGAGCAUUCAACAAAGUCCGAAGACAUAUGCAGAGAAAGAAGAUAUGGCGAAGGUUCCAUAUGCUUCGGCAGUGGGUAGUUUGAUGUAUGCCAUGGUCUGUACAAGACCGGAUUUAUCUUACGCCGUUGGAGUUGUCAGCAGGUUAGGGGAACACGAUCGAUCACAUUCUGCUGUGCUCGUGUCGUGUGUCCAUAUUUUUCCCCAACACAUUCAUUAUUCAUUUGAAAUCCGUCAAAUCCGUUCACAUUUACUCCUAAUUCGUCACCCUCGUCCAACAAACCUGCGAUACUUGAAGAAGAUUCUCAUUCAAAUCUCCAUGAAGGAUUCCGGUGAGUUCAUGGUAGAAAUCUCAAACUUCCAGUCAGUUUCGGAAAUGAUAUCAAAAAUUGACAAACGUAUAAUAGAACUCGGUGAGGACAACAUGAAAAUUAAAAAAGCCAUGGCCUUAGCCGUCGAACGUAAGGCGGAGAGGCGUAGAGUCAUUGAAGCAAUAAAAAAGUAUUAA